UGUCCGGGUUCCUGAUGGAGCUUUUGGAGAGAGAGGAUUCUGCCCAGAACGUGGUGUACACAUUCCCACACCUCACCAUCCAAGAGUUUGUAGCUGCAGUCGCACAAUUCCUGAAUCCACAUCCCGAAGAUAUCCUGAAAUUCCUCACUGAAGCCCACAACACGACUGAUGGACGAUUUGAGGUAUUUCUCCGUUUUGUUGCUGGCCUCUCCUCCCCAAUGACAGCUCGGGGCCUGGAGGAGUUUCUGGGUCCAUUUCCUCGUCAAACAACCUGCCGGGUGAUUGACUGGGUGAAGGAGGAGGUUAAACGCCAGAGUGGAAACACAGAGAGUGAAGCUGGUAAAAUGAGCCUCCUGAACACAUUGCACUACCUGUUUGAGUCUCAGAAUCGUGGACUGGCUCAGGCCGCACUGGGAUCUGUGGAAACACUUUCAUUCUGUGGAAUGACACUGACCCCGAUUGACUGCGCGGUCCUGUCUCAUGCCAUCGGACUCUGUGAUACAAUAAAACAGCUCAACCUGGAGAACUGCCACAUUCAGUGUGAAGGAAUGCAGCGGCUGGGACCUGGGCUGCACAAGUGCCAGAUGUUGAGACUUGGGGAGAACCAACUGGGAGAUUCAGGAGUGAAACUGGUGUCUACGGCUCUGAGGAACCCGGAGUGUAAAAUACAGACACUGUGGCUGGCCCGUGUCGGACUCACAGAUUCUGGUGCCGAGGAUCUCGACUCCGCUCUCAGUACAAACCCAUCACUGACGGAUCUGGACCUGUUAUCAACCUCUCUGACAGACCGAUCUGUCCCCGCUCUCCGCCGCCUCAUACUGACCCUCCCGAGUCUGGAGUGGAUCGAGCUGCACUGGAAUCGGUUCAGUGAGACCGGAGAGAAGGAACUGAGAUCUCUACAGGAAGUCAGACCCGGACUGAGAGUAGAACUGAGAGCUCCAGAGGAACCCACACCCGGACUGAGAGUGUAAUUGUGAACAUCUGAAUGUGUGAACAUCCCCGCCCUCCCCUUUAACUCCCGCCCUUACCUUUAACGGCCGCGCGCCGGGGCUGAUUCCCAACGGUUUUAACGGAACCGGCUCAGGCCUCGCGAUGUGUGCGUCGCUCGCAGUGGUCCCGCCGUGAUGUGUUUCCGCCUGUUGUCCGGCGGGGCAGCUUCCACCGGAAGUGCGUGUACGAGACUCCCCACGUGACUCCCCGGGGAAUUACGCGGACAGGAAGAGCCCGGGGGUCCAGGGGUCAGUCUGGGACACCGGUGUCCCGGGGUGGGGGGGAUGAUCCCGGGAGAGAAUCCUUUUGCUCCCUUUGCUGAGGACGGUACAUUUGGCAGCCUGGCUGAUAUAAUGAUGUUAAAUUGACAAAUCCUUCGGCAGUGACCCUGGAUCUGCAGCGAUCCGGGACACGGCCCUGAAGUGUGAUUUUAUAAUCAUCGGUUCCCCAAUACAGAGUGACGGUGAGAAAUGGGACUGAUUAUUCAACCGGUCACUCCUUGUCGCCGGUCAGUUAUUUGUGUGAGACUGUGAGCAGAUUAUUUAUUCCCGCACGUCAGCAGCUCACACAUUGUUUCAUUUACAUUUGUAAAUUUACUCACACAUGGGACCAGACACAAAGUGAAUCUCCCUCCGCACCAUCCCAUCACACACUCCCGGGGUCAGACACAGAGUGAAUCUCCCUACAUACCGUCCCAUCACACACUCCCGGGGUCAGACACAGAGUGAACCUCCCUCCACAUCGUCCCAUCACACACUUGCAAUGCCAAACACACAGUGAAGCUCCGUCUGCACCGUUCCAUCACUCAAUUAAUUCCAAACUGCAAAAUCUCAUUUCAGGGAAGCAGGCUCCAUCAAUUUAUGGGAGACUCCCGGAACUCCCGGGAGAGGUGGGAUGUCUGCAAUAGAGUAGCCCCUUAGCAGCCAGCCAGCCAGUUGAAAUAACGUUAGCUAUGCUAAUGAACGAAUGACACCUGUUAAACUCACCUCAAUAGUGAUUUAACCCCCCCAUGGGCAACAGAAAAGUCACUGUUACAAACAGUGCAGCGAGCAACACUGUCAUUAUUCCUGACCCCUAUUCGGCAGAGGAACACUUCAGUGUAGUCUGGGGUGAAGUACGUUUUGUAUUUUCUUUUUUUUAAUACUCUGCCAUGGAGCGCUCCCCCUCUCUCUCCCUCUCUCCCUAUCUCCCUCUCCCUCUCUCUCCCUCUCUCCCUAUCUCCCUCUCCCUCUCCCUCCCCCUCUCCCCCUCUCUCCCCCUCCCUUCCCCUCCCUCCCUCUGUCAAAAAAUCGAUUUGCGGGAGAUUGAAUAUAAUUCGCGGGUGGCAGGGAGCAGCGAACAAUAUGCGGGAGACUCCCGGAACUUCCGGGAGAGGUGGGAUAGCCGACAGUUCACUUGAAAUGGCUGCUGGGGAGGGAAUGGCGGCUUUGGUAGAAGUGAGCACAAGAGAGGGAGGGUCGCACUGAUUUAAAAUGGGCGAAUCCUUGGUGAAUGUGGCCGCCAGGGAUGGAGUGAGACAAUGACUUACAAUGGCCACUGUCACACUCAGAAUCUAUGGCGAAGGAACAUGCGGUGCCCAUGGAUACAAUCCCGGGAUCGAGUGUGUUAUUGAUUGUAAUAACAGUAUUUUAAUUUGUGUUUUAUAUUGUCUUGGGCGUUGUACAUAUG